UCAGGUUUACUGCGUGGAAGGAGGCAAUGGUUGUGCUUGUUCUUCUUUCCAAUCUCAAUAAUUAUCCUGCGGGUCCCAGGUCGGCCCUGGAAGACAUAAGAAAGAAUGCUGUAAAACUUGCAAAUAAAAUUGAAGUUUUACGAGGCCUGGUUUCUGGAAAAACUAUUUUGCCUCUACCUACCUGUGCCCCGCAGUGGGUUGAAGCUGAUGGGCCCUGUCCCAUUGAAAAAGCAGCAAUGUAUUCUAUAGAGACGACAGUAAUCGAGUGGAGUCAUCAAAUAGCCGAUGUCCUCAAGCGAAAUUCAGUUCUGAUGAUUUUCCAGCACGAAAACCCUGGGCCUUCCACAGAAAUAGAGUUCUGGCAAAAGCAAAAGGAAAACUUGCUUGGCGUUUUCAAUCAGUUACAAGAUCCAAAGGUUCGAAAGAUAAUUAGCAUUUUAAGGAGAAGAAACAGCAGCUAUUAUCCCACUUUCAAACACCUGAUCUUACAAGUUGAAGAAGCUGUGUCACAGGCUUGGGAUAUCAACGUGCGCCUCAGUCCUUUAAAAAACUACAUUGUCUUCUUGGAGAAAUCAGACUUCUCAGAUAUUGAACGACUCAUUGAACCCCUUUUCCAUACCAUCUGUCUGACCUGGACUCACUCCAAAUACUACUGCUUUCCUGGCAGAAUGGUUGUCCUGCUACAAGAGUUUUGUAAUCUGCUAAUUGACAGGGAACUGUUCGUGGCUGCUGAAGAUUUUCUCAUUCUGAAGAGGAUUGAGACUGGGGGACAGAGAGGCCAGAGUCUAUGGGAAGAAAUAUAUUGCAUCAGUGAGGAAUUUCAUGAAAGCUGGAGGGUCUUCCGAAAGAGCAAACGCGAUCCACUGGAUUGCACCAAUGAGGAAUUUCUCUCUGACUAUGUGAAACACACUCAGCAGUUGAAAGACCUUGACCAUCACUUAGGAACAAUACUUGAUUAUGCAUUUCAAGAAUCAAGAGGACUUGAAUCUACUUUUAAGAACAAUCUGAGCCUGCUCCAGCUAGACCCUUUCUGAUGAAUGGAAAGCUUACACUGAGAACAUAGAUUGCUUGGUUUUGAGUGGGCUGUCCAGAGCCAUCCAGGGUGCCCUUCUCUUUCUGAUGGAAAACAUGGAGGCAUUUCAAUCCAUUCCUUUAUUUGAAGUGCGGCUUGUCCGUCAUGAAGGUGAUUUGACUUUUCAACCUCCUUUGGAUGUUACUAUUAAUGAGAAUUUUUCAAGCAGCGUGGAGAAGCUUAUAACAGAUUCCUUCAGAAUUGCAUCAUUUAUAAACCGAGUUGCCAAACACCUUGGAAAAGACACCUACCAGGAAGACGCAGAUGAGAUGGACAUACUCGAGAAAAUGCGUCAGGAAAUCACGAGCAGGGUGCAAUCGGUCACUAUUAGUGCCCAGAAGUACCAAAGCUACUUAAAGAAAGACAGCUACUUAUGGAUGGAUGAUAAAACUGAAUUUAUGAAGCAGUUCCUUCUCUACGGGCGAUUUCUUAGUGCUGAAGAACAGCAAUUGCACGCAGACUCGACUCUCCAGAAGUGCUCGCUACAGUUAGCACACUUUACAGAACAGAUCAACAUUUAUGAAACGUUAUACAAUGAGAUUGGCAACUUUGAAAAUCAGAAGAUAUUUAGUGGUUGGUUCCAGGUUGAUGUUAAACCUUUUAAAAUGUCAUUAAUGGAGGUUAUAAGGAGUUGGAGUUGGAUGUUUA